AUGUCUUACAAUAUUUUGGCUGAUUCUUUGUUAUAGGAUAACGAAAAGCAAUUAAAAUAAUAUGACUGGAAGAGUAGAUGGCCUUUAAUAUUCUCCUAAAUAAAGAAGUAUAAGCCCGAUAUUCUAUGUCUUUAAGAAUUGGAUUGUGAUGAAAAUGAUUUGAGUUAAUUAUUGAUUCAAGAUCAAUAUGAAAAGCUUUUCUUAAAAAGAAGUCAAGAAAAUUAAAAGGAUGGAUGUGCUCUCUUUUAUUUAAAAUAGAAGUACAAAUUAAUUAAGUCCUACAACCUUCACUUAAAACAAGAACAUCUAUUUUGUAAUUCUAAGACCAGAAUGGAUAAACCAAAUAUUUGUCUUAUUGCAGUUUUGCAAGGCUUUAAUGACUAAAAUCCUCUAAUUGUAGCUAAUUCUCAUUUGAUAUUCAACAAAAAUAGAGGAGAUUUGAAGCUGAGUCAAAUUCAAUUAAUUAUGAUCACACUUUAAUCCUUACAAUUAAAAUAUUAGAAUUCAAGAAUUGUAUGGUGUGGUGAUUUCAAUCUAACACCCAAUAGUGCUUUAUAUUCCUACAUUUCCCAAGGUCAAUAACAAUUUAAUAAGUUAAACCCUAAAAGAAUUAGCGGCUAGCAUUCUAUCUCUUACCAUCCUACUGAUUACAUGUAGGAUAGACUAAAUAUUUAGAAGAAAUGUGGUGAAUUUAAUAUACAAUAUGAAUAAUAAGACCUUGAUUAUGAUUAUGAUCUAUAUGUCCAAGCUUUGAGAUGUCAAAUUGAUAAUGAUACAUUUUCAUUUCAUUAAGCUGAAUUAAAUCCAUAUCCAAUUGUAGAAACACCAAUUCAAUUUCGAAGUGUCUAUGCUGAUUUAUAGAGAGCGAAGAGCAAAGAUUUGCACGAUUUCUAUGCCAAAUGGUCCACUUAUGAACCCUUGAUAACAACUAUGUCUUCAUCAUAGGUUGGAUGUGUAGAUUACAUUUGGAUCAAUAAAUUGUAAGUCUCGCAAGUAUUGUAAAUGCCUAAAAUUGAAUAUUUAAUAGAAAAUCCCAUAGUUAACUAUGAAGAAGGGAGUGAUCAUCUCCCUUUAGUAUGCGAUCUGUAUUGA